AUGGUAACAUUGGAAGAAUUGGAGGCCAAUCAAGGAGAGGACGAUGUUUUCGAUUUGGAAAUUCUACAGUCAUCGACUUCGGAUAUAAUAAAUAGGACCAAAUUGCUAGACAAUGAUAUCAAGGUUAUGAGGUCAGAAUCUCAACGUCUCACGCAUGAGAAGACAAUGAUGUUGGAGAGAAUCAAAGAUAAUCAAGACAAAAUAAACAACAACAAGCAAUUGCCAUAUUUGGUUGGAAACGUUGUUGAGUUAUUGGACCUAGAUGUCGAUAAGGAAGCGAGUGAGCAAGGAGCCAAUGUUGACAUUGAUGCAGCACGGUCAGGGAAAUCAGCAGUUAUCAAGACUUCAACUAGGCAAACUAUAUUCCUUCCAAUGAUUGGUUUGGUUGACCACGAGAAGUUGAAGCCAAAUGAUUUGAUUGGUGUUAACAAAGAUUCAUAUUUGAUUUUAGAUACUUUACCAUCAGAGUACGAUUCAAGAGUGAAGGCAAUGGAGCUAGAUGAGAAACCAACGGAAACUUACUCAAACAUUGGAGGCUUGGACAACCAAAUCGAAGAGUUGAUUGAAGCUGUUGUCUUACCUAUGAAGCAAGCCGAUAAGUUUAAGAAGUUGGGUAUCAAGCCACCCAAAGGUGCUUUGAUGUAUGGUCCGCCAGGUACCGGUAAGACGUUGUUGGCAAGGGCGUGUGCAGCACAGUCGGGUGCCACGUUUUUGAAAUUGGCUGCUCCGCAAUUGGUUCAGAUGUUUAUUGGGGAUGGUGCUAAGUUGGUUCGUGAUGCGUUUGCUUUAGCAAAGGAAAAGGCCCCGACGAUUAUAUUCAUUGAUGAAUUAGAUGCAAUUGGUACCAAAAGAUUUGAUUCAGACAAAAGUGGUGAUAGAGAAGUCCAGCGUACAAUGUUGGAGUUGUUGAAUCAGUUGGAUGGAUUUGGUUCAGAUGAUAGAGUCAAGGUAUUGGCGGCAACAAACAGAGUUGAUACUUUGGAUCCAGCUCUUUUGAGAUCAGGAAGAUUGGACCGUAAAAUUGAGUUUCCAUUGCCAUCAGAGGAAGCAAGAGAAUCGGUGUUGAAAAUACAUGCUAGAAAGUUGCACUGUGAUAAUGAAUCAAUAAAUUGGAGAGAAUUGGCCAGAUCAACGGAUGAAUUCAAUGGCGCUCAAUUGAAAGCUGUUACUGUUGAGGCGGGUAUGAUUGCUUUGAGGAAUGGAAAAUCGAUCAUUCGACACGAAGAUUUUGUCGAAGCAAUCGGUGAAGUGCAAGCAAGAAAGUCCAAAUCGGUGAAUUUUUAUGCUUGA